CUCUCACUUGGAACUUUUUUCAGUCUUUUUUAAAUGAUUUUUCCGGGGGAGGGGGGACGAGGCAUUUAGAAGCCUGGCUGGAUAAGGGAGUGUCUUACACACACAGGAGGCCAGAGGACUAACACAGAGUAACGGGAUCUGACAGACAGACACCUCACCGUGACUGCCGGACCACACGCCUCUACACCCCGACACCCUCAGCGGCCGGCCGGACCCGGACCCGGGCAAACGCUGACGCACGGGAGGACCGGACAGUAACACCGGCAGAGAGCCACUGGAUAGAGAUUAAGUCAUCCUCAUCGCCAUCGCUGCUUCCUGUUGCUGUGGUGAAAGUGUUCGUCUUUUCUGGGUUCCAAGCCGCGCUGUGGCUGGAGAGAAAUGGGAACGUGGGAGAACGGCACCAUCUCAGAAGGCUUGUAACUGUCACAGUUGGACAUCCUUUUUCAGAGCUGUUUGAAAAGAACUCUUUUCCUCUGCUGACACCUGGCAUUGGCAGGACCCUUUCUGACAGUAUGUCUGCUCUCAGGAAACCAGUGUCUCUGUGGACUUCUCUCUUGUUAUUUUGGAUCUUGCUGAUUAGGAGGACUUUACCCUGGCCAGCUGUAGAUCAUCUCCAACAGCUCAACCAGCUCAGCACCCUCCGAUCCGGCUCCAGGCCGGCGCCCUCCUCGGCCCUGAACCUGACCCUCUCGGAGAGCGCCGAGUCCAAGGUGGAGCGCCUGGGCCAGACCUUCAAGAAGAACGUGCGCACGCUCUGGGAAAAGAGCGCGCGCCUGGACCUGGUGUUUCUGGUGGACGAGUCGUCCAGUGUGGGAGCGAACAACUUCCGGAGUGAGCUGCGCUUCGUGCGGAAGCUGCUCUCGGACUUCCCCGUGGCCCCGGAGGACACGAGGGUCGCCCUAGUUACGUUUUCGUCCAAGACCCACGUGGUGACCCGGGUGGAUCACGUCACGGCGCCAAAAAGGCAUCAGCACAAGUGUUCUCUGAUUAACCAGGAGAUCCCUGCUAUUACCUACAGAGGAGGUGGAACCUACACUAAAGGAGCCUUCCAGCAGGCUGCGCAAAUCCUCCGGCACUCGCGGGCCAACGCCACCAAGGUCAUCUUCCUGAUAACGGACGGCUACUCCAACGGUGGUGACCCGCGCCCGGUGGCGGCGGCUCUGAGGAGGCAGGGGGUGGAGAUCUACACCCUGGGGAUCUGGCAUGGGAACUUCCGGGAGCUCCAUGACAUGGCCUCGCACCCCAAGGACGAGCACUGCUACCUGGUCCACAACUUUGCCGAGUUCGAGGCCCUGGCUCGCCGAGCGCUGCACGAAGACCUGCCGACGGGAAGCUACAUCCAGGAGGAGCCGUCCCGUUGCUCGUCGCUGUGCGAGGCCGGGGCGGACUGCUGUGACGUCAUGGCUAGCUGCAAGUGCGGCACCCACACGGGCCAGUACGCCUGUGUCUGUGAGAGAGGCCACUUCGGCAAGGGCCUGCAGUACGAGUGCACAGCAUGUCCACCUGGGACCUACAAACCAGAGGCCACCCCUGGAGGCCUGGGAACUUGUCUGCCCUGCCCUGACCAACACCACACCUCCCCGCCUGGCAGCACCUCCCCCAGUGACUGUGUCUGCAAGCAGGGCUUCAAGGCCCAAGGAAAGACCUGCGAAGCGGUGUACUGUCCACAGCUGUCUCCUCCCGACAACGGUUUCUUCAUCCAGAACGUGUGUAAUAACCAGUUCAAUACGGCCUGCGGCGUGCGAUGCCUGCCUGGACACGAUCUACAGGGCAGUGGCAUCAGACUGUGCCUGCCAGACGGGACGUGGUCGGGCUCCCCGCCCAGUUGCAGAGUGCGCUCCUGUCCUGCCCUCUCCCCGCCUCAGAACGGACGUGUUAACUGCAGUGAAGGUGGCGCCCCCUUCAGGGCGGAGUGUGAGGUGCGGUGUGCCGAGGGUUAUAGGCUGGUGGGAGACAGCAGGCUCAGCUGUCAGGCCGACUCCCAGUGGAGCGGGAUCCAACCACGGUGUGUGGAGUUGCGCUGUACCCCAGUGGUGACGACGCCAAACGUCCUGCUGUCGCCCCCUGCCUGUGGACAGAGGGAAGUGAGGCCUGGCAUGCUAUGCCGCCUUGGCUGUCGCCGCGGUUACCGUCUACAGGGAGACCAGGAGGCGCGCUGUCUCUCCUCUGGGGAUUGGAGUGCCGAUGUUUACAAGGCCACCUGCACAGACUUUGAGCCCCCGUGGAUCCAGUGCCCCAGAGAUGUGGUGGCAGAGACAGAUGAGCGGCAUGGCACUGCCAACAUCAGCUGGAACGUGCCCACCGCUACUGACAACUCUGGGGAGGAGGUCCUGGUCCAGGUGAAGCCUGUGUACAGCCCUCCUCAACUGUUUCCUAUCGGAGAGGAGCGGAUCACCUAUGUCACCACAGACCGUGCUGGGAACCAGGCUAACUGCACCUUCACUGUUACUGUCAUAGAUACGGAGCCCCCUGUGAUUGACAAGUGCAGGUCGCCGCCCAGUUUACAGGCCACAGACACGCAGACGGCCGUCGUCUGGGAGGUGCCGCAGUUUUCCGACAAUUCAGGUGGCCGUCUGAGUGUUUCCAGCUCCCACACGCCUGGCUCUUUGUUCCCUGUGGGGGAGACGGUGGUGAGCUACACGGCUACGGACCAGGCAGGCAAUCACCGCACGUGCCACAUCACCAUCACUGUCCAGGGGUCUACGUGCGAGGAGCCGUUUGUGCCGCUAAACGGGGAGUUCUCCUGCUCCGAGGAGGUGGGCGGUGUCAACUGUACUCUGAAAUGUAAAGAGGGCUACAGCUUCAGCCACCAGUCGGUCCACAGCUACUUCUGCGCUAACAACGGGGUGUGGGACCCGCCCCCCUCCCCCCACAGACCUGACUGCUCCUUGAACCGUAUUGCCAACAACGGGUUUAAGCCAUUCGAGAUGCUUUUCAAAGCCUCUCGCUGUGAUGACUUGGACCUGGUCAAGUCUUUCACUGGGGAGUUCAGCACCAAACUCGGAGACAUGCUCCCGACCAUCUGCAGUGGCGAUGAUGUGGCCUGUAAGUUAGAGAUGAAGUCUCAAGGACACUGUCUGGAGUACAACUAUGACUACGACAAUGGAUUUGCCAUCGGUGCAGGAGGUUGGGGCAGUAACUGGGGACCCCAGCGUGGUCAGGACUACGCCUACUUCGACACAGGGUUUGCCACAGACCGUCAGCGCGCCCCUACACAGCAGGUCAGGACGGGAACACCCCGACUGCGCGCAAAGAGACACCGCAAGAUCAACGGUCCCACCAGAGACCAGAAGAUACAGAUCUUCUUCAAUAUCACAGCAAGCAUCCCGCUGCCCUCGUCAAGGAACGAUUCGGUGGAGGUAGCCAAUCAGAAGCGUCUGCUCCGGACCCUAGAGCAGCUGACCAAUCGGCUGAAGCGGACGCUGGCCAAGCAGCCUCUGUCGUCCUAUCACGUGUCAUCAGAAAUGAUCGUCGUGGCAGACCCCAAGUCCCUGGAAAGCAAGAGGGCCUCCCUGUUCUGUCGACCCGGUUCUGUCCUGAAGGGAAGGAUGUGUGUCCAGUGUCCAGUGGGGACCUACUACUCCCUGGAGUAUGCGGAGUGUGAGAGCUGCUGGCUGGGCUCCUAUCAGGACCAGGAGGGUCAGAUGGAGUGUAAGACCUGUCCUGAGGGAUCGUCCACAGCCUACCUCCACGCUCGCGGCCUGGACGAGUGCAAAGAGCAGUGCAAGCCCGGGGGCUACUCUGCGAACGGGCUGGAGACGUGUGAGGCAUGCCCACUGGGGCACUACCAGCCUGGGCUCGGAUCCAGGGAGUGUCUGGCCUGUCCGGACGAGACCUCCACCGUCACAAGUGGGGCGAGGGAAAUGGCUGAGUGUGGAGUUCCAUGUUUGGCCGGUCAUUUCUCCCGGACCGGGUUGGUCCCCUGCUACCCCUGUCCCAGAGACUACUACCAGCCAGACCACGGCCGCUCCUACUGCCUCUCCUGCCCCUUCUAUGGCACCACUACUGUCACUGGGGCCACGGCCAUACAACACUGCUCCAGUUUUGGCUCCAGUUUCUUGCCCAAGGAAGAGAGUGUGACAUCAGCUCCAGAGGUAGUGGUGUCCCAGGACUACCAGGCCAGCAGCCAGGUGUUCCAUGAAUGUUUUCUGAACCCAUGUCAGAACAAGGGCACGUGUGAGGAGGUGGGGGCCGGAUAUGUUUGCACCUGUCUACCCGGUUUCACAGGGGCAAAAUGUGAGAGUGACAUAGACGAGUGUGACUCGGCGCCCUGUCAGAACGGGGGUUUGUGUAAAGAUGGAACGGGAGACUUCCUCUGCCAGUGCAGACCCGGAUAUGUGGGUUCCCUGUGUGAGGUUGAGGUUAAUGAGUGUAGCUCCUCCCCCUGCCUGAAUGAGGGAGUGUGUGUGGACGAGAUCAACCAGUACGCCUGCAGCUGUGCUGGCGGCUUCACAGGUUCCCGUUGUGAACUGGAGAUAGACGAGUGUCUGUCCAGCCCGUGUCUUAACGGGGGGGUGUGUGACGACGAGGUGGGAGGGUACUCCUGCACCUGCCUCCCGGGGUACUCCGGGGAAAGGUGUGAGGUUAACAUUGACGAUUGUUACAGCGCCCCCUGUCUGAACGGAGGAACUUGUCAGGACGGCGUCAACAGCUUCAGGUGCCAGUGUGUGCUUGGAUACAGGGGAAGGCUGUGCCAGGUAGAUGAGGAUGAGUGUCAGACCCACCCCUGCAUCAACGGGGCCACCUGCGUGGAUGGUCUGGGCACCUUCACCUGCCGCUGCCCUCCUGGGUUCAACGGAACCAGGUGUGAGACAGAGAUGUCAACCGCUUUCAACCUGGACUUUGAGGUGUCAGGUAUCCAUGGUUACGUGCUGAUGGACGGGGUGAUGCCAGCGCUGACCGAGAUCACCUGUACCUUUUGGAUGAGGUCAUCGGACACCACCAACUACGGCACCCCCAUCUCCUACGCCGUGGAGGGGAGUGACAACGCCUUCCUGCUCAUAGACUACAACGGUUGGGUCCUGUACAUCAACGGUAAGGAGUGCAUCACGGACUGCCCGGCCGUGAACACGGGCGAGUGGCAUCACAUCGGGGUGUCGUGGAGGAGCUGGGACGGCGACUGGCGGGUCUACAUAAAUGGCAAUCCAUCUGACGGAGGGAAAGGCCUGUCAUUGGGCACCGUCAUCCCAGGUGGAGGGGCGUUGGUGCUAGGCCAGGACCAAGACCAGAGGGGUGAGGGCUUCAACCCUGUGGAAUCCUUUGUCGGGUCCCUCAGUCAGCUCCACAUCUGGGACCGGGUUCUCGACCCACAGCAAAUCAAGAUCCUUGCCAGCACAUGUCCAGGGAAAAACAUCAGAGGGAACGUGCUGGCCUGGCCCGACUUCCUCAAUGGAGUGGUGGGGACUGUCAAGACCAAUCCCAACUGCAUCUUCUGUGCUGACUGCCCCCCGUUGGAGAAUGCUGUGCCUCAUCUACGUGCGUCCAGUCCAGCUGUCAGCCCAGGUUCUGAGACGCAGCUGUCCUGCGAUCCCGGCUUCUACCUGGUGGGGGAGCCACUGCUUCAGUGUCUGAACAAGGGAAAGUGGAGCCACGCACUGCCCCGCUGUGAACGAGUGACGUGCGGUCCCCCCCGGCCCCUGGAGCAUGGACUGUUCCAGGGUUCAGACUUCCAGGCGGGCAGUUCUGUGGUGUACCAGUGCAACCCUGGCUUCUACCUCCUGGGCGAUGCCAAGGUGCUCUGUUCCAAUGGGGGGAGGUGGGGAGGAAACCCGCCAGCCUGCCUGGAUGUUGAUGAGUGUGCGCUGGGCUCAGACUGUGAUGAACAUGCCAGCUGUCAGAACACAGACGGCUCCUACACCUGCACCUGUAUCCACCCCUACAGCGGAGACGGGAAAAACUGCACAGAACCAGUGAAGUGUGAGAACCCUGGGGCUCCAGAGUUUGGCAACAGGGACGGCAAUAACUUUCUCAUGGGAAGUGAGGUCAUCUUCACCUGCGAGGAGGGCUACGAACUGAUUGGCUCGUCUCAUGUCCAAUGCCUCGAGACGGGAAGCUGGAGUAGUCCUUUCCCCCACUGUAGAGCCCUCUCCUGUGGACCUCCUUCUGUCCCGGAGAACGCUGUGAUGAAGGGGACCAACUUCACAUUUGGAAGCAAGGUGACUUUCAGCUGCGUCAAGGGGUUUGUCACGGAUGAGCCCUCUGAGAGCCGAUGCCAGGCCAAUCUGAAGUGGAGCAGUGCGCCCCCUGUCUGCCGGCCAGUCACCUGCAGAGAGCCUCCACACGUUGACAGUGCCGAUUUCACCCUGAAGGGGAACACAUACCUGUCCACUGUGAUCUACAUCUGUGCAGAAGGAUACAGACUGCAGGGCUCUGAGGAGGUGGUGUGUGAGGCGACAGGAGAGUGGAGUAGCCCCGCCCCGCUGUGUGCCAGGGUCCAGUGUGGGGACCCCCCCGCUCUCCGGGACGCCGUGGCCGUGGGAGACGACCACGGCCUGGGAAACGAAGUCCAUUAUGUCUGCAAGGAAGGUUACACUCUGAUUGGACCAGAGACCAGAGAGUGCCUGUCGACUGGCCAAUGGAGUCCCAGCUCCGCGCAGUGUGUCCCGCGCUCAUGUGGUCCUCCCCCUUCUAUAGACCACGCCCUUGCACAUGCUGGCCACCAGCUGUUCGGCGACACAGCCAAUUACUUCUGCACAGACGGUUACAUGUCCGGGAACAAUUCUAAGGUGAUCUGUAACGCUCAUGGCAUUUGGGCGCCCCCCGAAGGCCAAGAGGCCCCUCGCUGCAUCGCCAACUUCUGCCAGCGUCCACCCGACCUGCCCCACGCCAUCUUGGACUCGGUCAACAAACCCAAGUAUGUCAGCACUACAGAGGUCAACUACAAAUGUGAAGAGGGAUUUGUCCUCAACACUACCGGCACGCUAAAAUGCAUGAUGGGAGGGGAGUGGACGCCUUCGCCAUACGACAUCCGCUGCGUCCCUGUGCGGUGCUCCAAACCGCCGGGCGUUGAGAGGGGGUAUGUGAGCGGGACCAACUAUAGUUUUGGAGCCAUGGUGGCAUACAGCUGUGAUAAGGGUUUCCUGAUCCGAGGGGAGAAGAGGAGGACGUGUAAGGCCGAUGGAGAGUGGGGAGGGGUCCUGCCCGUCUGCCAACCUGUCUCUUGUCUCCCCCCGCCCUUGCUAAAAAAUGGAUUCAUCCAGAACAGAGGUCGUUCUGUCUUCAACAGCAAGGUGACAUAUGCAUGUGACGCUGGCUACAAGAUGACUGGAAGACCAGAGCGAGUGUGCCAGGCCAACCGGCAAUGGUCCAACAGCGACCCGCCUGUCUGUCGCAUCCUGACCUGUGACCCGCCGCCCAGCAUCCCGCAUGGCCAAUACCGCGGCUCCGUUUUUGAGGUGGGCCAGAAGGUCGAGUAUGUGUGCGACGAGGGCUACGAGCUUGCCGGUGAGCCUGUGUGGACGUGUCUAAAGUACGGCAAGUGGGACAAGUCAAGGCGUCCGCGCUGCUCACCGGUCCAGUGUCCAGAACCACCCUUAGAGGAGAACCACCUUGUUCUACGCAGCGUAGACCCUGACACUGGAAUCGUGGAACUGUCCUGUGAGGACGGGUACGUCCUCCGAGGCGCCCAGACCCUCCAAUGUACCCGCACCCAGGAGUGGAACGACACCUUCCCUGUUUGCAAGCAGGUGUUCUGCGGCACUCCACCUGAAGUGGCAUUUGGCGACCCGUCAGCUUCAUCAGCCUCUUCGUAUUUCGGCUCCGUGGUUAACUACUCCUGCAUGGAUGGCUUCACUCUGAGGAAGGAAGGGUCAGUGACAUGCCAGGCGGACGGAUACUGGAGCAAUCCAGUCCCAGAGUGCAUCCCGGUGGAGUGUCCGCAACCUGCAGAGGUAGCUAACGGCAUAGUGGACGUCCAGGGACUAAUGUACCUCAGCACGGCCCUCUACAGCUGUAAACCUGGGUAUACUUUGGUGGGAAAUACUACCGUACUCUGUGGUCAAAGUGGCCUGUGGAUCGGAGGCGUGCCUUCCUGCCGACCAAUCGAGUGCUCCAUCCCUAAAGAAAUAUCCAAUGGGAAGGUUACGUACACCAAACUCCAGUUCAGCCAUGCUGUCACCUACUCCUGUCGCCGUGGCUACCGGCUUAAAGGCCCUGAGACGCUGAAGUGUCUGGCCAAUGGGAAGUGGGAUCAAGAGAUGCCUGAAUGUGUCCAGAUCUACUGCACUCCGCCCAAGUCCAUAGAAAACGGUUUUGUGGAGGGACUUGACCACAAAUUUGGCGUCACCAUAUUUUACAGCUGUUUCCCUGGCUUCCAACUGAUCGGCCAGAACCACCUGACCUGCGAGGAGUUUGGCUGGUCCAGUUCUGUUCCAGUCUGCAUGCCCUCUGACUGCGGCCUGCCUCCUCAUAUCGACUUUGGCGAGUAUUUGAGGCUUGUAGAUCCGAAUGCAGAGCUAGCCAGCAGGGAUUCGGCAAUAACCUACAAGCCUGCGACUGGCUCAACCAUGGCAUUGUCCCCCAUGUACAUGAGCUUCCUACAUGGCACUGUGAUAGUGUACCGUUGCCACAAAGGCUUCGAGCUGACAGCCUUGACUACAUUAUUAUGCCUGGAAGAUGGGAGGUGGAACGGGACUGCUCCAAUGUGCAUCCCUGCAGAGUGCGAGGAGCCACCCAGCCCGGACCACGGCUCAGUGAAUGUCACGGACACCACCUUGGGCAGCCUGGUGAAGUACAGCUGCGAGAAUGGCUACGAGUUAGAAGGGGAGUCGGUCAGGCAGUGCGUGGCGGGCCGACAAUGGAGCGACAAACCACCGGUUUGCAAACCAGUAUCCUGCGGUGACCUGGACUACAUCCCUAAUGCCUCUAUCCACGGAGACUCUUUUGUGUAUCUGGGACAGUUGCGCUACGAGUGUAGUUCUGGCUUUGUCCUGAAAGGCGGUGACACCAGGACCUGUCAGGCAGACGGAAAGUGGGAUGGUGAGAAUCCGCAGUGCGAGCCUGUCUCGUGCGGUUCUCCAGUUGUCUCUGGCGAUGUCACUGUUAAGGGGAAGGAAUAUACCUUUAACAAAGAGGUGGAGCUGAGCUGUAACCCUGGCUGGAUCCUACAAGGCCCGUCUGUCAGGGUCUGUCAGGCUGACGGUACGUGGAGUCAUACUUCGCCUGAGUGCCGCCCAGCCCACUGCGGCAGACCAACGUCCAUCCCCAACGGUCGAGUCCUGGGCUUGGACUUUAACUACGGCAGUGAGGUGCGCUAUGAGUGCAACGAUGGCUACAGCCUUAGCGAUGGCAAGCCCAAACGGGUUUGUCAAGGGGACGGACUCUGGGGAGAAGGUCCCGUCCCUAGCUGUGAAAUCAUCACCUGCGACCCACCACAGGACAUCAGCCACGGUUUCCUCAAUGGCUCCAGCUUUAAUUAUGACGAUGUUGUUGAGUAUGUGUGCUUUGUUGGGUAUGAGGUGGUCGGAAACCCCGUCCUCCGUUGUUCUUCAGAGGGUCAGUGGAUUGGGACGGUACCAGAGUGUCGCCCUUGCCUCUGCACCCCUCCGGUGUUAAAAUACGGGGUGGUGCUGGGUCGCGAUCACGCCUGUGGCGACCGAAUCUCCUUCCACUGCGGAGAGGGCUACCAGGUCCUCGGUCCCGCGGCGGCAACUUGUGAGAAGGGCGGGGUGUGGAGCCCAGGUGUGCCUGUUUGUGGCCGGGGGAGGUGUGUGGUUGCUCCCCCUGCAGUACCCAACGCUGUCCAGCAGGGUGGCAGCACUGUUACCCCAGACACGGUCACCUACAGGUGCAGGCCGGGUUACCAGAUGAAGGGGGCGUACCCCUAUGUCACCUGCGGCAGGGAUGGUAAAUGGAGCGACGUCAGGAUCAGCUGUGUGCCUGUGUCCUGCAGAGAGCCAACGGCGGUACCGCAUGCUCAGGUGGUGGGAGAAAUAUUCACCUUUGGAAGCAAGGUCCAAUACAGGUGUGACGACGGAUAUGAACUGUCCAGCCAGUCUGAUACUCUGACCUGUCUGAGCGAUGGCACCUGGUCCAAGCAGAGCAUCAGGUGUCGCCCUGCCCCUUGCCCGAUCCCUGCCAACCUAACCAGCCACGUCCUGGUCACAGGGGACGACCUCACCAAUGUUGGGGAAUCCAUUACCCUUUCCUGCCCAACAGGGUUCAUCUUGCAGGGGCCAGGCCUGGCGGAGUGUCAGCUGGGUGGUAGCUGGUCACCAGCCAUCUCCUCUGUCUCCUGUGCUCUGGUGGUGUGCGAGAAGCCUCCUCCUCUUCCCAACGGCUUCACUGAGGGGGACAACCACAGCUAUGGAGACAUGGUCAUGUACAGCUGUCUGUCUGGAUUUGAGAUGAAGGGUGACUCUGUACAGACCUGUCAGGGAGACAGAACAUGGAGUGGAACUCAGCCUACAUGUAUUGCCAUGUCAUGUGGACCACCUCCCUCUGUAGACAAUGCAGAGCUACAGAUAUCAGGGACGACAUACCAGGCCAACGUCAGCUACACGUGCCAACAUGGUCUUCAUCUGGUCGGCCCGCAAAACCUCACCUGUCUAGCCGACGGAACAUGGAGUCAACCUGCACCAACAUGCGAAGUUGCCCAGGGUUGUGAAAUGCCCAAAGAGCUGUUGAAUGGACGGGUGCAGGAACAGAACCUGACAAGCGGGCGAGCUGUAGCGUUCCAGUGUGAUAAAGGAUACAGCCUACAGGGGGAUCAUCUGGUCGUCUGCAUGGGUGACGGGACGUGGAGCUCCAUCUUCCCCUUUUGUCAAGCCAAGCCGUGUCCCCCGCCCCCUGGAUGGAAGGAGAACAGUGGAAAAGGGAACACGUCUAAACAGCUGUUCUACGUGGGUCAGUCGUUACCCAUCACCUGUCCCAGGGGUCACCGGGCCAAGGGCCCCGCCACCAUCACCUGCAGGGCCGACCAGACGUGGACCCCGGUCCGCAGUGUCUGUGAGAGGGUGUCCUGCGGCCCCCCGCUCCACGUGGCCAACGGGGUGGUGCGGGGCGCGGUGUUCCAGUUCGGAGACGUGGCCGUGUACUCGUGUUUCGGAGGGUACGCCAUGGAAGGUCACAGCAGGACUGUGUGUCUGGAGAACGGGACCUGGACCCCCCCUCCCGCAUGCAGAGCGGUGUGUUGGCUGCAGUGCCAAAAUGGAGGGCUAUGUCAGAGACCCAACAUCUGUUCCUGUCCCGAAGGAUGGAUGGGCAGGCUGUGUGAGGAACCGAUCUGCAUCCUGCCGUGUUUGAACGGCGGGCGAUGCGUGGCCCCUUAUCAGUGCGAUUGCCCCCCGGGCUGGACGGGGACGCGCUGUCACAGUGCGGUUUGCUCGUCACCCUGUCUGAACAGUGGGAGGUGCAUCCGGCCAAACAGGUGUCACUGCAGUCCUGGAUGGAGUGGUCACGACUGCUCUAGGAAAAGGAAAUCGGGAUAUUCACAUUUUUAAGAAGUCCAUUCAACAUGAGAAAAACUUCAAUGAAGGGAAUUUGGUUUUCUGAGUUUGUUUCAGACCAAAGCCUAGGUGAGAAAGUGAUUUGCUAUGUAUGAAAACAGCAAAUCCAGACCCUGGCCCCUACACACUUCCACGGAGUGCCCUCCAUGGUGAUUUGUUGGUGAAAAAACUCAGAGGGUGACUUGCACAGAGCGGCUAGGGGUUUUAGAAAUCAACUUUGGGACACGCUCUUGACUUGAAUGAGGCAAUUCAUGAUUCACUUUCUAUUUAUAAAACAAGCAUGAAAUUCUAAUUUACAAAUCCCCCUAUUGUUUAAUAAAUAAACAUAAUUAACAAUUGAAAAGUUAAUUUAUGAUUGUUUUUUUUUUUUUGGACCUGGCCUGUCUCAAAAUCAGGUGUAAACAAAUGCCCAUGUCACAUAAUUACACACGCCUAUCCAUUCUUUAGUGUGAAAUAUCACAAGCUCAAAAAUAACAGGUGGAACCUUAUGAGGUUCCACUCGUGAGGGCUGCGUCAUUACACUCACUGGAAGGGCCCACAGGAGGAUCAGCUCCUAAACCCUCUGUUUUCACUCCGUCUGCAGUUGGGUAGGUUUUCUCUCCAGCACCAGUUGUGACUUAACUUAUCCUGACUUAACUUAUCCUCCAGCUCAUUAUCAGAAUCAGACGUGCAACAUUAGGGUGGACCUCUUCCUCUCACUAUUGCCUUAAUGGGGAGUCAAUAUCCACGUUGCUUCCGAUUUUGCGAGUGUGAGGAAAUAUGAAUCUGUUAGUGAUCCAGAAGUCACUCAAUACAUUUACUGUCAUCCGACUAGGUUUUGUAAUCAAUUCACAACGCUUUAGAAAGUGUAGCAACCUACCUACAGUAUGCUAAAUACAGAUUUGGCCUAAAAGGAUUGGAAUGUCAAAGUGCCUUUUUCAGUCAGUGGAAUUUACUUCCUGAAUUUAAUGCCUUCAGUGUCAACUGUAAGCUAAAUGUAAUGUUUUUACUGGAGUUGUUACUUGUUGAAAUAUUUUGUUGAUUUGUCCUCAGAUUAACUUUUCAUUCAGAUCUGAUUACGGGGUUCACCACAUAUGGUUGUUUUGUUGGUAUUGAAAGGAGAAACUGCAAAUCCAUAAGCUGUCAAACUCAAGUGACUGUCUUAAUCAACACCUUGCCACACAAGCCUCCUAAGUGGGAUAUAACAGUGGAGUGUUUCACCCACUUGGACAUCUACAUGAUGAACAUCCAAGUGUAUUUUAAAGUGAUUUCAUUGUUCUUGUAAACGAUCUACACAAAAUAUAGUGAGAAAACAAAAUGUUGAUCCCCUCCUGAUUUUGUAUGUUUGUCCACUGAC